CGAUCAAAUGUCACUAUAACUUGAGAGCGGCAUCACCUCGGAGCGCGUGCAGAUCCCCAGCCUGUGCCCUUCGGCAGGGAGCUCGGCGCUUCUCUCCUCUUCCUCCUCCCAGAAACUUACCGCCGACAUGUCUGAUACCGAGGAAGUGGAGCACGGAGAGGAGGAGGAAUAUGAAGAAGAAGAAGAAGUUCAAGAAGAAGAGGAGAAGCCCAGAAUAAAACUAACUGCUCCUAAAAUACCGGAGGGUGAGAAAGUAGAUUUUGAUGACAUCCAAAAGAAGAGGCAGAACAAAGACCUGAUUGAACUGCAGGCCUUGAUUGACAGCCACUUUGAAGCCAGGAGAAAGGAAGAGGAAGAGCUGGUUGCCCUGAAGGAGAGAAUUGAGAAGCGCAGAGCUGAAAGAGCAGAGCAACAGCGAAUCCGGGCUGAGAAGGAGAAGGAACGCCAAGCAAGGCUUGCAGAGGAAAAGGCACGGAGAGAGGAAGAAGAUGCCAAGAGAAAAGCUGAGGAUGAUCUCAAGAAGAAGAAGGCUCUGUCUUCCAUGGGCGCCACGUACAGCAGCUAUCUGGCUAAGGCUGACCAGAAGAGAGGGAAGAAGCAGACAGCUAGAGAGACGAAGAAGAAGGUCCUGGCAGAGAGGCGCAAGCCCUUGAACAUCGACCACCUUAAUGAAGAUAAGCUGAGGGACAAGGCUAAGGAACUGUGGGACUGGCUAUACCAGCUGGAGAAUGAAAAGUAUGACUUUAUAGAGCAGAUUAAAAGAAAAAAAUAUGAGAUUGUCACCCUCCGGAACCGGAUUGAUCAGGCUCAGAAGCACAGCAAGAAGGCAGGAGUCAAGGGCAAAGUUGGAGGGCGCUGGAAGUAAAGAACCAGGCAGGAUGGUCCAUAGUGGCAUGCCUGAACCCUGCUGGUCUCCUCUUCCUUCACAAAUCACUUGUGUUCCCAUGCCUCAGCGAUAACAAAAAUUGCAACAUCAGCCUGGGCUGGCUAUUGCUGCUGCUUUUCUUCUUUUCCCCCCUGGAGGAGUCCAGUGGUUUCCUGAAUCAAAAGGAAGCAGGUUCCCCCUGGAGCUGAGACGACUCCUUGCUGGCAUCUUCACUACCUGCUGAGCAUGUCCUUUAAUCUCCUGACACCAGCCCUAUGCCAUCCUGUAGAUUGCUGUGUACAAAUCUCUGGAUUUUGUAAAUAAAGCGUGACCAGUGUCUACUUCAAUGACA